CAGCCAUUGAUGUUGAAGCCGAUGAACAACGCUGUCGAAACUCGAGAACGCCAUUACUAAGGCCGCGCAAAUCGCUAUGUGCUGGAUGCAUGGGCAGGGCGCGCAGUCACGAGCACCCCAUCGGACCAAAGUGGCUUUUUGGCGCCUGUGCUCCAUAUAACAUUCCCAGAUAUUCCGAAAUUCCCAGGCAAAGACUUCAACAACCGUUGCAGCUCAGCACCAUCACAAAUUUCGCAAUACGCUCCAACGUACCCCGCUUCUGAAUAUGCGCAUCGAUACCUCCCAAAGCGCCAUAAACGGCGUCUACCCCUUCACCAAACCAAAGGAACCCAACGGCAACGUCCUAACUGUGCCAAAACUCGCCGACUACGACAUCCACCCAAUAACAGGUUUCCUCCCCUCCGACCCACCGCCGCUGCGACGACUGCCGGAGAAGUUCGAGCCAUGGGAGACCGUGUUGGAUGAGCUGAGCGAUUUGUUACUGGCUGGCAAACUGAGGGUGACCGUGGCGAGGAUACCGGAGAUCGAGGCGACGUCGUUGACAACGCAUAGGGAAUGGCAGCGGGCGUAUAUGGUUUUGUCGUUCAUCGGGCAGGCGUACGUUUGGGGGAGGAACGGUGAGGCCACGGAGGUACUUCCGCGAAAUAUCGCAAAGCCAUGGUACGAGACGGCCAAGUAUCUCGGCCUUCGACCUGUCAUCACCUACGCCGCUGUGGAACUAUACAAUUGGAAGGCGUUGGAUCCCUCUGGUCCACUAGAUCUCAGUAAUCUAGCGGUAAUGAAAACCUUUACGGGACCUGAUGAAGCCUGGUUCUACCUCAUCAGCAUCGCCAUUGAGGCCUGCGGGGCCCCUGCGCUCCCCGCGAUUGUUGCUAGUCUAGAAGCGGUGGUAUCGCGGGACUUGUAUGCGCUUAUCGACAAUCUCAAGAUUCUGGUGCAAAUAACAGAGGAUAUCUCGAAGGUGUUGGUGCGGAUGUAUGAGAAGAACGACCCGCAUAUAUUCUACCACCGUGUACGAACAUACCUGGCAGGCUGGGAAAACACCAGCGAACUGCCCAAAGGCCUGCUCUUCGAAGGCGUAACAGACCCCGAAGAAGGCGAUGUAGUAGAAAUCGACCUCCCCAAGCCCAACGGCGUCCCCAAAUCCCCACCUUCCGUCACUCAUCCCCCACGCCACGUCCACGGCACCUACCUCAAACUCGCCGGCGCCAGCGCAGGUCAAAGCUCCCUCAUCCACAGCCUCGACGUCGCCCUCGGCGUCGAACACCACCCUACGCGCCCGACCAUGCCCCCGUCUCCACUGCACCCAGACCCCUCAACCCACGCCCCCGCGAAACCGAUCAACCACAUCCACCAAAUGCGCAAAUACAUGCCCGGCCCCCACCGCGAGUUCAUCAGCGCCCUAGAACGCGCGCCGAGUCUCCGCACGUUCGUGUAUGAGCUAGUCAACACGCCGGGGAAUGACCCCGUGCAGGCGGACGAGAUUGGACGGCUGUAUAACCGGUGUGUGGAGAACAUGCGCUCGUUUCGGGAUCGGCAUAUGCAGAUUGUCGCGGCAUAUAUUGUGCUGCAGGCCAAGAAGAAGAAGGAUGUCGGACAGAUCGAUAAGAGGGCUGCCCAGGCGUCCAGGGUGCGGGAGUCACUCCAAGCACAAGGCACAGGAGGCACAGACCUGAUACCCUUCCUCAAACAAAGCCGGAACGAAACAAGCGAAGCGCGCGUUGAGCUGGAGGUAUGAUGAUUUGGAGGAUACCCGUUUAGGAGUAGAGGACUUUUUGUAGGGUGUAGACGAAUGCAUCACUGUUCCGUUAGAGUAGUUGCGCCCUUUCAUGAUUUUCGACUCCAAAGCAACUGUUUCAUCAAAGGAUUGUAUUCGUAGUUUGCAAUGAAUGCUCUCAUAUUCGAUCGUACGCCGCGGUAUAUACAUGGAAAUGCUUUCUAUCUGACACUCACAAUAUACAAAAUACGCCGGACCCUACCCUACCCAUUUAGACAUCCUAACCUAAUCUGCAUCACCCAUCAUCAGCCAGAAUGGUACCUAACCGGAUUCCCAAAGAGAUCAACCCCCAUUCCAUCAUCACGAU